AUGAGUUCAUACACGCUUGGUCUUUCACAAGAGCUUCAACAAAACUUACAAGAUCAAUCCCCAAGCAUGCAAGGUACUUCUGUUACUGAACAAGAAGAGGAGAUGCCUCCACCAUCACAACAACAACAACAAGAGACAACAAAGAGAAAGAAAUUGCCCAUUAUUGUUGAUGUGGCACUUGACGCAAAUGGUAAACAAUUGUACCAAAUUCACGAAUCUUCCAAGUUGGUGCGAAAGGAGAUGCCUCGCUCGACGAAUUUCAACCUCCACCACGAAUUAACCCCUGAAGAGCUCUCAUUUAUUCAAAACGGAGGGGAUACAGUGUGUGCUAGUGCUAAACUUUUGAAUAAGCACAGUGAUCCAUUAGGAAAGAGUCAACAAGGUGAUUAUUAUACCCAUAGUAGUGAAGAUCGCGACAUUUUGGUCUUCAACGAAGGAGAAGGAGUCCGUGCUCUGAAUACUGAGUUUCAAGGUGCUGCCGAUCUCCAAAAUGUUAACAAACUCAACCAUGAAGAAGCCUCUCGUGUUGAGGAUACCGAUAUAUGGUCUGAUGACGUUGAACAAGCAUUUGAAGAAGUUUUAACAUUUAUACCAAAGAAUGGAUUAAAUAAAAUCAAGAUUGCUGGUCGAUCUUGUGGAAGAAAUGAGUUGAUUUCCGAUUACAUUUAUACUAAGACAGGCAAAUUCAGGACCAGAAAGCAAGUUUCUUCUCAUAUUCAAGUUAUCAAAAACUUGGGACAAAAUCAAAAAAUCAUCAAUUUGAUUAAUGAUGGACCCAGCUGUAACAACGAAGAAGAACAUACUAAGAUUAUGCAAAAGUUUGAGUCGGUGUUUUCCAAGAUAAACCUCAGUAAGUCAUUGGGAUUCAACAAUUCAGUAAAGAGGAAAUUGGUUAGUAGCAGCGGGGGCGAUGGAAGUGUUAGAUCAACUUUAAACCAUGCACCAGCUACCAAAAGAAGAAGAAAAAGUCAUGCAUCAUCGGAUACUACUUUGCCUGAGUUGGAAAUUGGUAAUUUCUACAUGAGUAUAAACAAUCACAAUUCAAAUUCAGUUCUUUUAACCAUUCAAAAAAACAGUUUCAACAAGUAUGGUAUCUUGAAGCACUUGAAGUUGAAUGACAAUUCAACUAUAUCACAUCGAUUCCCCGGGAUGAGUGAAUUUGAAAAUUGUCCAAACAUUCCUGUUUUACACAACAUGGCAAGGAUUUAUUUACCUGAAGAUUUUUCACCAAAGCUGUAUGAUGUUGGAUCUGGGUUCAGUGCAAAUUACAAUUUGAAAUGUAAAGACUACCUAACAGCAUCGUCAUCUUCUUCACGGGUCAAAUCGAAACUGUUCAGUAUCUUCACUUGCAUCUACUCCUAUGGACAAGAAGUUUCCAAGCAUAGACAAAGUGGAAUUCAAUUGAAUCAGGAAUGCAAAUUUGUCACCAAUUUUUGGAAACCUUUUAUUCGAUUUGUCCUUAUGGGAAAACUGGCACAUGACAUUGCCGUCGCAUUAAGAGGACUUUCGAUUAAACAGAUUGUCUAUGAAACGAGUGGGAGUGGAAGAGAAAGUAACAAUGAUAGUGAUGAUUCCGCCGUGCUUCAAGACGAAGAUCUGUUCAUGGUGUUGAAAUCAAGAGUUAAGUUGGUUUUACUUUGGGAAUUUCUGCAAGUGUACGAUAUAGCACAAGCUAUAACUACGACUACCAAGAUUAUUUUACCCGGUGGUGUCAAUAAUGAUCAUUUGGUAACCGCUGAUGAAAACAUAGUUCCGCAAAUUGUCACUUACAAUGAUCCUAAUCGUGCCAUCGGGGAAGAAGCCGAUGAUGCUUACGCCAGUUAUUUUGAGGAGACAGGAGCUGGUGAUUAUGAUGCGGAAGCUAAUCCGGUACAAGUGGGAUCAUCAAUGCAUCCUAACCUUAGACCUGGGAGGAUCACUGCCACUACUUCUGUGCCGACACCUUAUCGUGAACGUUUUGAAGAUUUCAACACAGCGACAACUGUGCCAACAACUACCAAUGCCACUGCCACUACUGCCACCACUGCCUCUACCACAAGGCCCUUUCCCAAUAAGCUUCCUAUAUCGAAUCCAGAAUAUGUGCCAGAACUUCGAUACCCGCCGCACUUUAUAGCUGGCAACGAUUUACAUUCACAACAACCACAACAACAACCACAACAACAGCUACAACAAGGUUUGGACGCUGGUCCAUUGCAAAACCCCCUUCCACCACCACCACCACCACCACCUCUACCAGUGAAUCAUCAUUUUCAUCAUCCGGAUUAUGAGAUUCAAAUGCAACAACAAGUGCCCGCCCAUUAUCAUCACCCUCAUCAUCCAGGCUACAAACUACAUCAAUCGGCAAAUAUGGACCUUAUGAUGGUUCCUUCUGGUCCAGUACACUUGGAGCCAGUAGCAAGUUUUCAAGAAUAUUCAUACACCAAUCAGGGCUAUAUCCAAGGUUAUGCUAGUGAUUAUUAG